UCGCCUCUCCCUGUCACCGCAGAAAUCAGCCGCGUGCGCAAGGACAUGUACGUGGAGUCGCUGAGCGGCGGCGCCGGUGGGGGCGCAGGAGGUGGGGGCCGGCCCGAGCUACCCGAGCCCGAGGGGGCUGUGGUGACCCUGCAGCAGAAGCUCUACAUCCCCACCAAGGAGUACCCAGACUUCAACUUUGUGGGGAGGAUCCUGGGACCGCGCGGCCUCACGGCGAAGCAGCUGGAGGCGGAGACGGGCUGCAAGAUCAUGGUGCGGGGAAAGAGCUCCAUGCGGGACCGCAAGAAGGAGGAGCAGAACCGCGGCAAGCCCAACUGGGAGCAUCUGAGUGAGGAGCUCCACGUGCUCGUCACCGUGGAGGACACCCAGAACCGCGCCGACGCCAAGCUCCAGCGCGCCGUCGCUGAGCUCAAGAAGCUGCUCGUGCCCGCGGCGGAGGGCGAGGACAACUUGAAGAAGAUGCAGCUCAUGGAGCUUGCCAUCAUCAACGGUACCUACCGGGACGGCAACUCCAAAUCACAGGCCAUGCUGGGCUUCUCUCUUGCAGCGGCGCAGGCCCCGUCCCCGCGCCUCAUUGCGGGGCCCCCCCCGCCCCCCGGGAGCGUCAUGACGGCCGCGGCGCUCCGCACGGCCCAGGCCGGGGGGCCCAACCCCCCGCCCCCCGCCACCCCGGCCGCCUCGGCCGCGGCCGCCGCCGCCCUCAUGCCGCUCAUGCGGCCGUUCCAGGGGGCGCCUCCGGCGGGGCUGGUGCCCUCGGCGGCCGACGGCGGCGGCCUCAUCUACACCCCGUACGAGUACUCCUACCCCCUGGCGCACCCCGGCGCGUCCAUCCUCGAGUACCCGUUCGACCCCAGUGCGGUUGUAGGCGUCGCCUUCCCCAUGAAGGGCUAAGAGCGGGCGGCGUGGGGCUCCACGCGCGUGCCGAGACCGCCACUGCCCGGCCCCGCCGUGUCUGUCGUUCCCACGCGUUCUAGCGGCGCCAGGGGUUGGAGGAGGAGGAGAAGGAGGAGGAGGGGGGGGCGGACACGGCCCUCCUGAUCCCACCCGGCAUCGCGGCGGGGAGAGAGUGCGGAGUGAGAGGUCAUCGCAUCCCGCUCCCCAUUCUCCUCCCCCCUCUUCCUCCACCCUGCAUGGGUGACCCCUGGCUGACCCGGGACGGCCGGGUCUGUGACCUCCUCCCCCCGCCCCCCAUCCCCCCCCC